UUACAAAUGAAAAAUGAGGCUAUGAAAUCGGAUGAAACAAGAAAGGCGAAGAUAUUAAAACGCGUAAGAUUGCUUGGUUUAACAACCCAUGUAAACUCCGAAACGAAACACCAAGCAUAUCCUUUUCCUCUUCCUCUGCCUCUUCCAUUUUUAUUUGUUUCCUCUCUCUUUCACCGCACAUCCAAGCAAAGCAAAGCACAGUACAGCACAACACAGUUUGUGGUGACUGGUGAGUGUCAAAAAGGGCAAAAAAAAAAGAAGGAAAAAGAAAAGUUCAAAGGAAUGAUACUCGAGACCAUCAAGGAGGCAAAAGCAAAGCACCUAACUAAUAAAGCAACACCGUGUAACCAAAACUAGUUUGUUUGCUGGGUGCCUAUUUCAGCAAAUCAUACCCAUCCAUUCUGACAAAAAAAAAAGACAUUUACUUUUUUUCUCCAACUCGUCUGUUUUCUUCACUGUCGUCAUCUAUGGGUAUCUGCCAAUCUCUCUGCCGUUGCUUCAGCAAAUCUCAUGAAAUCCCAGUGUCGUCCUCUUCUGAUUCUCCUCCCCUUCCGUACCAACCAUUGACAGUAUCAACCUCGGGAGGCCAAAACCCUUCUUUCUCUAAAGCUCCUUCAUCUUCCCAGACUGGAACCAUUUUGCUCAAACCUUGCGUUGACAUCACCUCUCUUUAUGAUCUUCGCAAAGAAUUGGGGAGAGGUCAGUUUGGCAUCACUUAUCUUUGUAUUGAAAAGGCUACGAAACGAGAAUACGCCUGCAAGUCCAUUUCCAGGCGUAAACUAACCACUGACAAGGACGUUGAUGAUGUUAGGAGAGAGAUUUCGAUACUGCAGCAUCUUACCGGGCAGCCAAAUAUUGUGGAGUUCAAAGGUGCUUAUGAAGAUGCCCGGAAUCUGCAUUUGGUGAUGGAGUUGUGCUCAGGUGGCGAGCUUUUUGAUAGGAUCACAGCCAAAAGGAGUUAUUCUGAACGUCAAGCGUCUUCCAUUUGUAGGCAGAUUAUGAAUGUGGUGCAUGCCUGUCAUUUUAUGGGGGUUAUGCAUAGGGACUUGAAACCUGAGAACUUCUUGAUGGUUAGCAAGGAUGAGGAUUCUCAAAUAAAGGCCACUGAUUUUGGACUCUCUGUCUUCAUUGAGGAAGGUAGAAUGUAUAAGGACCUUGUUGGAAGUCCAUAUUAUGUUGCACCAGAGGUUUUACAGCGGAAAUAUGGCAAAGAAAUAGAUGUGUGGAGUGCUGGAGUCAUCUUAUACAUUCUUCUUAGUGGAGUGCCUCCAUUUUGGGGUGAGACCGACAAAGAAAUCUUUAAAGCAGUUUCAGAAGGUAACCUUGACUUAAAAAGUCAGCCAUGGCCAACUAUAUCUGAAGUUGCAAAGGACCUCAUCAGAAAGAUGCUAGCAAGGGAUCCUAAGAAACGGAUUACAGCUGCUCAAGCCCUAGAACAUCCAUGGAUGAAGGAGGGUGGUGAGGCAUCAGAUAAACCUAUUGAUAGUGCUGUUCUUAGCAGGUUGAAGCAGUUCAGAGUAAUGAACAAGCUUAAAAAACUUGCCUUGAAGGUGAUAGCAGAAAACCUAUCAUCAGAAGAAGAGAAGAAGGGCUUACAGCAGAUGUUCAACAACAUUGACACGGAUGGAAGUGGUACAAUAACACUUGAAGAACUCAGGGAUGGAUUAGCUCGAUUAGGAUCUAAGCUAACUGAACCAGAAAUAAAGCAGCUUAUGGAUGCUGCUGAUGUUGACAAGAGUGGAACCAUUGAUUACAUUGAAUUUGUCACCGCUACAAUGCAUCGACAUAGGCUCGACAGGGAAGAUAACAUACGCAAGGCUUUCAACUACUUCGACAAGGAUAGCAAUGGGUUUAUCACGAGAGAUGAAUUAAGACAAGCUAUGACUCAGUAUGGGAUGGGAGAUGAGGCUACAAUAGAUGAAGUCAUUGAGGAUGUUGAUACUGAUAAGAAGAGACAGUUACAGGAGAAGAAGCGGACCAUAAGAAGACCUAAUCCAAGCAAAAAGAAGAAAAAUAGCACAGGAGCAAUAAGAAACCAGAAAACAGGGGGCCAACAGAAGCUGAAGCUCAUCUCAAUCAUGGUGAAGAGGAAAACAUGAGCCGCGAGGGGACAAGCCAAACAGCAACAUGAAAACGGAUUCGAAAGUCAGCCGCCAAAGCUUCAAUCGUGAGAAUAAGAAGGAAGACUACAGCAAGGCAUUCAACCAUUCCUGCAUGGAAGAGAGUGUUAUAUACUUUCCCCUACCCAAGUGUUGCUUAUGAAUUAUACAAUACAACUAGCAGAGUUUUGUUAAUUAAAUGUUUGCUUGCACUUGCUUUUGAUUCAGACUUGACUCUAGUCUCCCAUGCAAGAAUUGAUGCUGUUUUUUUUUAUUAUGAUGAUAGGAUUGAAUUGUUAAAAAUUAAAACUCUUAAAAUACUAAUAAAAAUUAAUCAUCUAUUGUUUUUAUAAAGAUAA